AUGGAGUUGUCGGAUAUCUCUUUCCCCAUCCCUGCAGCUGAUGAUUUCUACGACGACCCCUGCUUCAACACCAGCGACAUGCACUUCUUCGAGGACCUGGACCCUCGGCUCGUGCACGUCGGCCUGCUCAAACCCGACGACUCCUCCUCUUCUUCCUCGUGCUCCCCUUCCUCCUCCUCUUCCUCCCCGUCCUCCUCCUCCCUGCUGCAUCCACACCACCACCAUCACCAUCACCACCACCACCACGCCGAGGCGGAGGAUGACGAGCACGUCCGCGCGCCCAGCGGGCAUCACCAGGCGGGCCGCUGCCUGCUGUGGGCCUGCAAAGCCUGCAAGAGGAAGACUACCAACGCGGACAGGAGGAAGGCCGCCACGAUGAGGGAGAGACGGAGGCUCAGCAAGGUGAAUGAUGCAUUUGAGACUCUGAAGCGAUGCACCACCAACAACCCCAACCAGCGGCUGCCCAAAGUGGAGAUCCUGCGCAACGCCAUCAGCUACAUCGAGUCCCUGCAGGCGCUGCUGAGAGGCGGGCAGGACGACGGCUUCUACCCGGUGUUAGAGCACUACAGCGGGGAUUCAGACGCCUCCAGCCCCCGCUCCAACUGCUCCGACGGCAUGACAGACUUUACCGACCCGAGCUGUCAGUCAACCAGAAGAGGAAACUACGACAGAAACAAUUAUUUCUCUGAGACUCAAAACGGUGUGAAGGCCGACCGCAGCUCCGUCGUCUCCAGCCUGGAUUGUCUGUCGAGCAUCGUGGAGCGGAUCAGCACCGACACCAGCAGCCUCCUGCCGGCCCCCGCCGACCCCUCCGCCUCCACCACCACCACCACCACCCCCCCCACAGAGGCCCCGGGGCCCAACCAGCAGACCCCUUCCCCCCCCACCGCCGCCAGCCAGGACCCCAACCUCAUCUACCAAGUCCUAUAG